GAAUUUCUCAACAGUUGCAACAGUUGUCAGGCGCAGUGAAUAUUAAUUGUAUAGUACUCCAACCUCUAGUGAAAUCCACAAAAAUUAAUUAAAUAAAAUAAUAAGUGUAAAAUAUUGUGAAAAUGGUGGUAGAAAAGUUCUGUUGCUUUCGCUUGGAAUCCACAGCGAAAUUCUUCGGCUGGUUGGGUGUCAUUGGCACUGUCCUUCUGACUAUCAUUUCGAUAGUUGGCAUAGUUAAUGCACAUGAAUUAUCCGCAGCAUUACAGAAACAAGGCUUGAAAAUAAGUGAAGGCGAUAUUCAACUAUUCCUCUAUAUCUAUAUAGUCUUAGUUCUCAUCAGUGGUGCCGCAAGCAUUUGCCUGAUUUUGGGUACAGUCCAGAAACGUCACAAUUUGGUUUUGGUUUGGUUGAUCGCUAAUGCCGUGGGAAUAGUGUUUUCGAUUAUUUUCAUGUUCCUCUUUAGUUCUUAUAGCAGUCUUAUAGGCCUCGCAUUGAAUAUUUAUCUUUGGAUUGCGAUGUUCUCGCUUUAUAAGAGAAUAAAAUCGGAAAGACAAACGGGCUUUUCACGUCCAGCUGAGUUUAUGCCCAAACAAAUGGCCUAACUUAAAAGGAAAUGCUGGUUUUUUUAUAACAAAUAAAAAUUUUAUAUUGAUGUUCACAUAUUAUAUACAUACAUACAAAUUUUGUGUAUUUACAAGUCGAUAAAAAUAAAAACAAAUCAAUUAUUUUCUAUUA